AUGGUCCAGCAAAUCGUCCACUUGUGGUCCGGUAAUAUUGCUGAAACGGAACACGCGCUGCGAUUACUUCUAAUCGUCGACUACAUAUGCGACUGGGCAAGAAAAGUCUAUCGUGUAAGUGUCAUUGAGCAACUUCUUCACAUUGCACAUGAUCCUACUCCGAGCCUCGGAGCCGAAACGGGAUACUCCACUCUCUCUGACACCUAUAGUUGGGACCAACGCGUAGACAAUUACGUGCUUGGCCGAGAUCAAGAACUUGAAGAGAAUUAUUUACGCCCGUCCAAAACUGAAAUUACCGUCGCACAAGUGCUGGAGCUAUUGGAUUCCCAAGAUAUAGCUAUCCGGGACGCCAGAUAUAGGCACUUUCGAGUCUGCGCACUACAGAUCAAUACGGACAACAUUGAGGACUUCUUCCUGUAUGAACGCAACCAUGAGGCGGUUCAGGCACGUGCAAAAGCGCUGAUGAAGUGCCUCAAGGCACCCGAUGCCUGGCGAGUGAAAAUUGGGGCUUUAAAGGCGUUGGAAAAGUUCUGGGUCGGGUGUCAUAUUGUAACAAGGCAAGGUGGCUGUGCUGUGCUGAGCUGGUAG